AUGGCAAUCAGACAAGAACCAUUCGGAGGCAAAAAUAUUAUCAGCUUCCUCGAAGAAGCGACGAUUAGGCUCUACCAAACAAGGCCCCAUUACCUGGAAUCUCAAUCAUUUCGUGGCCCGGAAAAGAUCUUCACAUGCCUCUGCUCAAUCAAAGGCCACCAGGGCAACGGCGCGGGAAGAAGUAAAAAAGAAGCUAAGGCGCGAGCGGCGUUCAGCACCAUGCAGAGUGUUUGUAACCGGCAAGAGCACAACUUCUUCCGGAUAAGAGGGGAUACACACGAAGCGCGAAUCGAUUUUUUAAAGCAAUGUCUUGGCAUCGCUCCGACAUACGCAGAGCCGGCCGUGCAAACCACUAGCACCGUUGCAAAUGGAGGACCAAUUUCCGAUUUUGUCCAGCAAUUGUUGCGUUUCUGUCAAGAAAAGAAACUUCGACAGCCCGAGCCGGUGAUCAAGGAAGAGAGGAAGGACAAGAUUCCGAUUUUCGAAACGACGUACACGAUGGGCAGCAUCAAAGUCUCUGCAAUCGAUGGCUCUAAGCAAAAAUCGAAGAAAGAAGCUAGCCGGCUGUUGUAUCUUGAAUUGGUGAAGGUCUUCGAAAACCCGACUAUGCGCGCCGAACUGCCAUUUCUCGCCGAGGUUCCGGCUGAUGAUGAACCAGCAGAUCCCUCGAUAGUGCAGCGGCCCGAUUUUUCAACGGAGAUGAACGCGCGAGCCGUCCAAAUUUUAGCCGCCAUCAAGAACCAAAGCCACGUCUUCCCUUACUUUGAAUACCAAUACGACAGAAUCAAGGAACUCGACUCCGAAGGAAAGGUUCAAGUGAUGGUCAAGAUCGAAUACAAACAAGAGCGAGACAAAGACAAGCGAUACGCAUGCUUCGGAGGUUACGGAAGAACUGAGGAAGAAGCCAAGACAAUGGCUGCCCAUAUGGCUCUUUUAUUAUUUGGCACUUUUGUAGAAAUUUCCUCGUUGACGAUU